AUGCCGGAUACAACUGUCACAACCCCAAAGACAUGGGUUCGCCCCACUAGACACGGGGAGCAGAAAGAAUUCCUGGUCUCCAUGGACAAAUCACUGCUUUCAAUUACGAUGAUGAACGAAGAGUUCGAAAAAGACUAUAUAUACUGGGCCAAAUCUAUGCCCGAGGAAGAACUACAGACGGCUAUCGACUCCUCGCUUUGUUUCGGUUUAUUCGAGCGAAUCCACGAUGCUACGGCAGAUAGCGGGAAUCAUGAAGCAUCCAAAAUAGCGCUUCCAGAACAAUCUUCCCCUCUGAAGCAGAUCGGUUUCGCCCGCUUGGUCACAGACAAUGUAACAUUCUUCUACCUUUCCGAUGUGUUCGUCAUGCCCGAGUACCAAGGAAAAGGACUGGGUUCAUUUUUAGUCCAGUGUAUCAAGGAGGUGCUGGACGGCAUGAAACACUUGCGACGAUUCAUUUUGAUGACUGGUGACAAGAAUACGGGAAAGUACUAUGAGAGACUGAUGGACGUUAAAGUGCUGGGCGAGAUUGGGAAUGCAUAUAUCCUGGGCCGCAAGGGGCCGGGGAGCUGUGUAUAG